AAAAGGAGAACAAAAAUAAAAUAAAAAUAAAAUAAAAUUGUAAUAAUUGGGAUCUUUGUGAUAAUAUUGUUUAUCGCAUUAUUAAAUAAGAUAGCGUGGAAAAGCAAUAAUACUUGAGUGAAAAAUAUUCCACACAAAUUUUGUGCAUUCGUCAUCAAUUUGCCUUUAUUCAGCUUCAUCAAAAUAAGAAAUUUUAAAAAAAGAUAUUGUGCAAUAAACUUUUGUAACUCAAACACUCUUGUGGUGCAAAUUAUGCCAUUGUUUAAUAAAAAAACUACAAAAGCAAAUUCUCCAACGAAUGGAACGAUGACUAAUGGCCAAGAACAACAAUCACAGCAAUCUCAGCAAAUCAUUACAUCGCCAAUUAAACAGUCAUCACUUCCACCACCAAGCUUAGUCUUUCAUUGUCAACUUGCAAAUGGGUCCCCAACUGCAUUAAUUUGUGGAUUUUCGAGUGUCAAAGAGCUUUACCAGAAAAUUGCCGAAUGCUUUGACAUACAGCUCGAUGAAAUUAUUUUCUGUACUCUAAAUUCACACAAAGUGGAAAUGUCGAAAUUACUAGGAGGACAAAUAGGAUUGGAUGACUUUAUAUUUGCUCAUAGGAAAGGAAGGCCUAAAGAAAUUGAAAUUUUAAAAUCUGAAGACGCACUUGGUCUGACAAUCACUGAUAAUGGCGCUGGUUAUGCAUUCAUAAAACGAAUAAAAGAAGGAAGUGUAAUUGAUAAAAUACCACAUAUUCAAGUAGGUGAUCAUAUAGAAAAAUUAGACGGAGUGAGCGUUGUUGGCAAAAGACACUAUGAAGUUGCGAGACUUUUAAAGGAUAUUAAGACUGGAUCAACAUUUACGAUGCGUUUAGUUGAGCCACUUAAGUCAGGAUUUCAAACGAUUGCUCCAAGGAGUGCAGGAAAGCAAGGAAGUAAAAAAGGUUUUGGAACCGGCAAAGAAACAUUAAGAUUUAAAGCCAAUGGAAAUGUUUCCAUAGAAGAUGAGCAUGAUGAUGCAACACAAGCGGGAAUUGACGCUAUCAAUAUUUUAUUAGAUCAAUUCUUUGGAAUAAAUGAUAGUGAAUUGGCAGCUCAAAUUUGGGAUUUAGGUUCAAAUAAAACAAAUUCGAUGGAUUUUGCAGAGGCAAUAGAUAAUUCAGAUUUGGAAGCAUUUGGAUUUACUGAUGACUUCAUUAUUGAUUUAUGGGGGGCAGUAACAGAUGUACGAACAGGAAGAAUUAAAAGAUAAUUUUUGCAUUCAUGUUUUAUUAAUAAAAAUUUCAA